AUGUGGAACGACGAAUGUUGGGACGACGUUGCUGCUCCGUCACCGUCGGUGUCGGGUACAAUGCCAUCAUGCGAAUUUGUCGCAACGCCUCCACAAAGCACAGCUGCAUCAGAGUACCGCCAAGAACUGCAAGAGUCAGCACAUAAAUCGCACCAUUCGGAAAGGCGUCCACACAGGAAAGACAGAAGCCAACGUGGAAAACCAACCGCCGGUGCAGACAGCGUUCGGAUGGAGGUGCGGGGUGAAGUUGUGCCAAAAAUUAUUGGAAAAGGCGGAUCGAAGAUACGGGAAAUCCGGGAUCAAACACGAGCUCGCAUCGACAUCGACAAUAAUCGCACCGAAACCGGGAUGGGGGUGAUCACAAUAUCUGGCGCACCGGGAGACAUUGAAGCAGCACGCGAAGCAAUCGAUGCCAUAGUAAAUUCCUCCAGUUCGAACCAUUCCCGCACGUCCAGGGAUGGGUACAGCGGCUCGGCAUACGAUCGACGAGAUCGACGUGAUGAUGGUCGUGGUGGUCGGAACGAAAGCUCCAACAGUAACAGGGGAAAGUCUAGCUAUUCGUCGCGUGGAAGUGGUUAUGAUUUCAACAGCCGGUCGCGAAAUGACUAUGGGUUCAACCAUAGCGCUUAUAACGCGUACAACUGCGAACCGAGUGAUGAGAUCAUCGAUUGGACCUCCCUGAAUCGGAUGGCCGAUGAAGCCGCCCUAGAACGGUGGGCAAAAUUUCCGCCGCUCAUAAAGAUGUUCUACAAUGAGCGGAAAGAAGUGGAGGAAAUGAGCGCGGCAGAGGUGGCCCAAUUUCGGGCAUCGAAUAACAAUAUCGUCGUAGAGCGCACGUUUAAGGACGUUGAGGGAGACCGCAAACCCAUCCCCAAUCCGGUCUCGCAGUUCGAUCAAGCAUUCGGCGAGUAUCCGGAUCUGAUGGAGGAACUGCACAAGCAAAAGUUUACGACACCGACCCCGAUUCAGGCCCAAGCCUGGCCUAUACUGUUGCGAGGUGAGGACAUGAUCGGAAUCGCGCAGACGGGAACGGGCAAAACGUUGGCCUUCCUUCUGCCGGCGUUGAUACACAUCGAUGGGCAGCCUAUGCCCCGUGCCGAUCGCGGAGGCCCAAACGUGCUAGUGUUAGCUCCGACGCGUGAACUCGCGCUACAGAUCGAGAAGGAGGUGGCCAAGUAUCAGUUUCGGAACAUUCAGGCCGUUUGUCUGUACGGUGGUGGUGAUCGUCGCGCACAAAUCAACGUCGUUCGGCGUGGCAUAGAAAUUCUGAUCGCCACACCGGGCCGCUUGAACGAUCUCGUCCAGGAAGGUGUCGUGAACGUGUCGAGCAUCACCUACCUUGUGCUGGACGAAGCAGAUCGCAUGCUCGACAUGGGCUUCGAGCCGCAAAUCCGCAAGGUGUUGCUGGACGUGCGUCCUGAUCGUCAAACGGUGAUGACGAGUGCGACCUGGCCGGAUGGUGUGCGUCGGCUUGCGCAGAGCUACAUGCAUGAUCCGAUCCAGGUGUACGUUGGGACGCUCGAUCUGGCCGCUACGCACACCGUUACGCAGCUGAUUGAGGUGAUGGACGAGGAGGACAAGUACCACCGCAUCAAUGAGUUCGUGCGCGACAUGUUACCAACCGACAAGGUGAUCAUUUUCUGUGGCAAAAAGACACGUGCCGACGACCUUUCGUCCGACUUCGUGCUGAGCGGCAUCCACUGCCAGUCGAUACACGGGAACCGGGAGCAGAGUGAUCGCGAGCAAGCCCUAGAGGACAUCAAGCGCGGUACGGUGAAUAUUCUCAUUGCAACGGACGUCGCUUCCCGUGGGCUCGACAUCGAGGACAUCACGCACGUGGUUAAUUAUGACUUCCCGCGUAAUAUUGAAGAGUACGUGCACCGGGUUGGUCGGACGGGGCGUGCCGGGAGGACGGGCAUUUCGCUAAGCUUUUUUACGCGCUCAGAUUGGGGUGUGGCGGCGGAGUUGAUUAAGAUCCUGGAGGAAGCUCAGCAGGAGGUGCCGCACGAGGUACGCGACAUGGCCACCCGAUUCGCGGCGCGUCGCGACAGGGGUGGAGGAAGCUACAAUAGUUCCAACCGACGGUGGUAAUUACCGCAUUUCAUGUUGCUCUCUUGUUUGCACAAAUACGUUUG